GACAAGAGACAUGUGUUUUAGCUCCGCACUUUGAAAAAGUUUGAGAAAGAGAGGAGGUGGCUGCUAAAACCGAGAUAUGGCAUGUGGAAAGAGCUGCACGCUAAAAUCGGGUGGCGUUUAAUAGUCAGGUGUUUGGACAAUAUUUGGGAUUAUUCAAUUGUCGCGAUGGUGCUGCAGCGCGAGGAAGUGUCCGCCCGAGAGGAGUUCACCUACACCCCCGUGUCCACCCUGGAAAGAGGCGGCUCCCUGGGGAGGCGAGCCGACAGGGACGGCUCGGAGCGGGACAGCUACACGGUGGACGUGAGGGCCAGCGACCUGCAGCUGGCUCAGCCGGAGGCUCUAAAGCACCCCUGCUUCAGCUACAGGGCCUGGCUCUACAGCGUCCUCAUUGGGGGCAGUCUUCUCAUCACCUCCGGGUUCUCUUUGUAUCUUGGAAACCUCUUUCCUGUUGCCAUGGACUACCUGCGCUGCGCUGCUGGCUCUGCCAUACCUGCAGCGAUCGCUAGCUUUGCUAUUGCUAAGAACAGACACGUCGCAGUGUCAGACUUCCAGGUGGUCUACGUGUCGACCUUUGCAGUGACGACCACCUGCCUGGUUUGGUUUGGAUGUAAACUGGUUGUCAACCCUUCAGCGGUCAAUAUCAACUUUAACCUCAUUUUGCUGAUUUUGCUGGAGGUGUUGACGGCCACCACUGUCAUCCUCUCAGCUCGAGCCGGAGAGGACUGCUGCUGCCACAGAAAGCCCGACCCGAGCCGGCGAUCUUCGUUCACGAGUCCUCCCGUAUACCCGACUCGUCUGCUGAAAGCGUACUCUGUGAUCGAAGUGAUCGUAGGAAUAUCCGCAGUGUUUGGAGGUAUCAUCGCGCUCAACAUGGACGCCUUGCAGCCCGGCCCGUACUUGUCGGUUACCUUUUUCUGGAUCCUCGUGGCUUGUUUUCCGAGCGCCAUCGCCAGUCAUGUGGUGUCGGAAUACCCCAACAAAUGCCUGGUGGAAGUUCUGAUCGCCAUCAGCAGCGUGACAUCUCCGCUCCUCUUUUCGGCCUCUGGCUUCCUCUCCUGCAGCGUGAUCAGUUUUAUUGACAUUUUUCUCCAUGACGUGCCUACAGCAAAGCAAUCCUAUGACAUCUUGCUGCUGAUUCUGCUGGCGCUGCUGCUGGCGCAAGCCAUUUUAAAUUCCGCCACGGUGGUGCACUGUGCCUUCUACAAGAGUCGGCUCCGCUCGAGGGCGUCGCAACAGUGCGAUGAGAGCACGGGGACCUUUGGACAGUACUGCGGGCAAACAUCCAAUGGAGUGUUGCAGAAUUUGAGCAAGGACAGGACCCGAAAGGCCGUUAUGGUGCAAAUCACUCAAUGAACUACAAUAUACAAACAAUGCAACUUUGGAGAUAUAUCAUUCAACCUCUAAUAUAUCACGGAUGUCAAAAUCAAGGCUCAAGGGCCAGAUCCGGCCCGCUGCAUCAUUUAGUGUGGCCUGUGAAAGUUAAUCAUGUUAAAGUCAAUCAUAUUUCUUGCUAAAUUAAAAUUUAAAUAAAUGAUCAGUGGUCUUCAAAAACAAGAUUUUUUUUUUUAAAUGUAUGUAUAAAUGUUCAUAAUAAAUGUUUACUGUUUUUCCAUUUUUGUUAAAAAAAAAAAAAGAGAAAAGUGAUUAACCCUUUUUGUUUUUCUAAUUCAUAAAUUGAAAUCUAUAUAAAUAAACGCAUUUUUUUUAAAAAUUGAGAACAGGUUUUUUUUACUUUUUUUUUUUUGAAUUUAGAAAAAAAAAUCAUUCAAUAAAAAAUAAAUAAAUGAAAAUUUAAAAAUACAUUCUAAAAGAAAUGAAUAUUUCCUGAAUUUUUCCACAUUUUUUGAAAAAUUGAAAUGCAUUUUAAAAAUUAAUCAUAACAUAAAACAUUUUCCUAUUUUUCAUUAGAAUUUUUUUUAUUUAAUAAAUAUUAACAAAUAAAGAAAUAUAUAAUUUUUUAAAAAGUUUUUGGUUUUAAUGUUAAUGUUUAAAAAAAAAAAAAAAAAAAGUUUGCCAUUUAGAGGCUCAAAACAAUGUUCAAAUGCAUCAUCAACUACAAAAAAAAUUCUUGUCGAUUUGAUAAUCGAUUAGUUGUCGAUAAACCCAGCCCUAACCCAUCAUAGUUGGCGGACAUGACGACCCUCCGAAGGAAGCCAUAACUACGAAAAUGAUGUUUGACACCCCCUACUGUAGUUAGAUUGCAACAGCAAGAACCAUAAAGUGAAUGUACGAAAGUUGCCAUAUUUGUAGUCCCUAAAACUACAAUGGAAGUAGAUUUUCACUUGUCUUAAAACAUUUAUUUCUUGUGUUGGGACAGCAGGGUUAUGACAGUCACAGUAUUAUUGUGUAACAUGUUUAAAUGCACGUUUUACAAAGUUUACACGUUUGUGAAGUAUCACUGUAGGUCUUCUUCUUGAGAUAAAACUAGUUUCCACUUCUCAAUACGAAGUAGAACAUGUUUUCUGUCAACUGUGUCGUUAUUACGCUUGCGGUGCAAAAAAAUAAACGAGGAAAAAAAACUAUAAACAAACCUUUGUGAUCUUUGAGCUCUUGAACCACAAAAUAUAGUCAUCUCUUCCAUUUCAUAUUGCAAACAUAUGAUGCAGGUUUUGAUAAUAAUCCCUUGAAUCGUACUUGAGUUAUCUUGAACACACACAUAACUGUGACCUAUGACCUCAUUACAGCUAAUUAUAAUAACUGAUUUUGUUUUGUAAUACAAGCAAGUUUCCUCGUUCUUGAGUUAUUUCAAAAUUUCUGACCUCGCUUACUCUAUGACCUUUGACCUCAUGACCCCGAAAAUGAAUCCUCUUUUCCAUGUCAUAUUACAAAUGUAUCCUGCCAACUUGACAACAAUCCUUUCAUUCAUUCUUAAGUUACCAAUCGUACCGGCAAAAAAAAAAUAUACAAACCUCUCUGCCCUUUGACCUUAUAAUCCUUAAAGUGAAUCUUCAUAUUCAUUUCAUAUCACAAAUAUAACCGGCAAGUUUUUUUGUUUUUUUUUAAAUGACCCCACUCACCCCAAAAAAUCAUUUCUGACCUCUAUGACUCUAUGACCCUUGACCUCAUGACACCCCAAAAUUAAUCCUCUUUUCCAUGUAAUAUAACAAAGAUAUCCUGCAAAUUAGACAAUAAUCCCUUUUUUCAUUCUUGAGUUAGCUUGAACCCAAUCGUACCGGCAAAAAACUUUUACAAACCUAUUUGACCUUUGACCUUAUUAUCUUUAAUGUUAACCAUCUAAUUCAUUUCAUAUAACAAAAAUAACUGGCAUGUUUUUUUUUUAAAAAAUACCCCCCCCCCAAAAAAAACAUUUCUGACCUCUAUGACUCUAUGACCCUUGACCUCAUGACCCCCAAAUUAAUCCUCUUUUCCAUGUCAUAUUACAUACAUAUCCUGCAAAUUAGACAAUAAUCCCUUUAUUCACCUGGAGUUACCGUGAACUCAAUCAUACCGACAAAAAACAUUUACAAACCUCUGUGACCUUUGACCUUAUUAUCCUUAAAGUGAAUCAUCUCAUUCAUUUCAUAUCACAAACAUAACCGGUAACCCUUUUUUACGACCCCUACCUCACAAAAAAGGAUUUCUGACCUCUAUGACCCUUGACCUCAUGACCCCAAAAAUUAAUCCUCUUUUCCAUGUCAUAUUACAAAAGUAUCCUGCAAUUUGGCGAUAAUCUCUUUAUUCAUUCUUGAAUUAUCUUGAACCCAAUUUUACUGACAAAAAAAAAAUAUAUACAAACCUCUGCGACCCUUGACCUUAUUAUCCUUAAAGUGAAUCAUCUCAUUCAUUUCAUAUCACAGCCAUAACCGGCAAGUUUUUUUUUUUUUUUUUUUUUAUGACCAAAAAGAACCGGCAAAUUUGAAAAUAUCUUUAUUCAUUCUUCAGUUAUGUUAAACACAAACAAGCAGAAAUACAGAAAUAAAUUUAUUAAUCUCACCUUGUGUAUGCAGAUUACAUACAUAUAACAGAUAUAUAUAUACACACAUUUGUGACUCAUACCCCCAAAAUUAAUCACCUCUUCUAUAGCACAGUGGUACCUCUACUUACAAACAUCUCGACAUAGGUUACAUCAGGUUAGGAAACUACUUCCAGAACUAAUUAAUUUCGUAAGUACUCUAUUUACAGUAUAUAUGUGAUACAGUAUACGUACAUGUGAUGUAAAGCACUUUGAAUUGCCUUGUGUUGAAUUGUGCUAUACAAAUAAAUUUAUCUUGCCUUGCCUGUAUAGUAUGUUUUA